AGUUGAUAAAAUUUGUUUUUGAAUUCAAAUAUUUUUGAUUUUUGAUUUUUUAUCGAAAAUGAAAUUUUGAUAAAAACGGAAAAAAUGCAGUCGGUGUCCGAGUUGAUGAUUGAAAUUGAUGAAUGUUAGUGAUUUUAUUUCGUGGUGCAUCUAAUCUACAAAUGUUCCAUGCUCAAAACCAUCGUCGAAUUUUCUGCUAUCCUUCGUUCAUUUCCGAUAGUAAAUUUGCAUAGAUCUGUAGGAAGUCGCGGUGUUUCGAAACAGUUAUCGGCAGCGUUUCACAUAAAUCAUUGCGUCUUAGGUGAGUCAUCUCAUCAACCUCUUCGUCGGAAUAAUCUAGUAAAAAUGGGUGCUAAAGAAAAAGCCCCGAAAAAAGAAGAGAGUGGUGAUAAAUCAUGUGUUUGUGAAAUGAAUCCGUGGCCAUCAUUCAUCAAGGAGCGAGAUGUCGUAUGGGAACAGCUGAAGUCAGAAUAUGAACAGGAAUUGGCUUCCAAGCCUUCUGUGCCUAUUAAAGUUACCUUACCCGAUGGUAAACAAGUCGAUGCUGAGUCAUGGAAAACUACCCCUUACGAUGUUGCCAAAGGCAUUAGCAACGGACUAGCCGAAAAUACGGUGAUUUCUAAAGUGAAUGGUGAAUUGUGGGAUAUUUGUCGUCCUUUGGAAGACAACUGUACUCUUGAAUUGCUGAAAUUCGAUAACGAAGAAGCUCAGCAAGUAUUUUGGCAUUCGUCAGCUCAUGUGUUGGGUGAAGCGUUGGAACGUGUUUACGGUGCACAUUUAUGUUAUGGCCCUCCGAUCGAAAGUGGGUUCUAUUACGAUAUGUUUGUAGGCGAUGCUCGGGUAUCUAAUGAUGAUUUCCCAGUGAUUGAAGGUAUUGUAAAAAAUAUUGUGAAGGAGAAGCAGCCUUUUGAAAGAUUAGUAGUAAAGAAAGAAACCUUGCUGGAGAUGUUCAAGUACAAUCAAUUCAAAGUACGUAUCUUGAACGAACGUGUUACAACUCCCUCGACAACGAUUUACAAAUGUGGAUCAUUGAUCGAUUUAUGUCGUGGUCCUCAUGUUAGACAUACUGGAAACGUGAAAGCGUUCAAAGUUACGAAGAUUGGUUGUUCUCAUUGGGAAGGAAAAGUUGAUGCGGAAAAGCUUCAAAGGGUGUUCGGAAUUUCAUAUCCUGAUCCAAAGCAGUUGAAACAGUGGGAAAAAUGGCAAGAAGAGGCGGCUAAGCGAGAUCACAGGAAAAUCGGAAGAGAACAAGAAUUAUUCUUUUUCCACGAAUUGAGUCCAGGUUCUUGUUUUUUCCAACCCAAAGGAGCAUUUAUAUACAAUACGCUAGUGGAUUACAUUAAAAGCGAAUACCGUAAACGUGGCUACCAAGAAGUUGUAUCACCGAAUAUUUAUAACGUUAAAUUAUGGAAAACUUCUGGUCACUGGGAUCAUUAUUCGGAUAACAUGUUUUCAUUUGACGUCGAACAGUCUACAUUUUCUCUGAAACCAAUGAAUUGUCCUGGCCAUUGUUUGAUAUUCGAUGUGAGACCCCGAUCCUGGCGUGAAUUACCCUUAAGAUUAGCGGAUUUUGGAGUUUUACAUCGAAAUGAAUUAUCUGGCGCUUUAACCGGUCUCACUAGAGUAAGAAGAUUCCAACAAGAUGACGCUCAUAUCUUUUGUGAGCCGAGUCAAAUCAGACAAGAAGUAACAGGAGUUUUAAGUUUUUUAAGAGACGUUUAUACAGUAUUCGGUUUUACGUUCCAAUUUUGUCUUUCUACUAGACCAGAAAAGUAUUUAGGUGAAGCAGCCUUGUGGGAUGAUGCUGAAAAACAAUUGGGUCAAAGUUUGGAGGACUUCGGCGCCGGAUACAAGAAAAAUCCUGGUGACGGUGCUUUUUACGGUCCCAAAAUUGAUAUCACUAUUAAAGAUGCAUUAAAUAGACCUCAUCAAUGCGCCACUAUCCAAUUAGAUUUUCAACUUCCUAUCAGAUUCAACUUGACAUUUACAAACGAAGAGCAGCAACUUGUGAGACCUGUAAUCAUCCAUAGAGCCUUACUUGGCUCUGUUGAACGUAUGAUCGCCAUUUUGACAGAAAAUUACGCCGGCAAAUGGCCGUUCUGGUUGUCCCCCAGGCAAUCAGUGGUUAUUCCCGUUGCGUCAGCUCAUAAUGAAUACGCUCACAAGGUAAAAGAGCAAAUAUUUGAAGCUGGAUUUAACUGCGAUGUUGAUGACGACACUAGUGACACCUUGAAUAAGAAAAUAAGAAAUGCUCAGCUCGCACAGUAUAAUUACAUUUUCGUUGUUGGUGACAAAGAAGUAAAUGCCGGUACAGUAAACGUACGAACUCGAGAUAAUAUAGUUCACGGUGAAUUUUCCAUCAAAGAAACCAUCUCAAAGUUCGAAAAAUUGAAACUAAAGAAAAUGCAACCGGCAGAAGGCGAGCAGGAAUUCAAAAAAGCAUAAUCGAGUAUUAAAAGUCGCUACUGUUUCGAUGAUCUAUUUAUUUAUUCAGCUGUUUUAUGUAUUGCGUCUUAUUAAAACACUUUUUCAAUCUCAA